CCAUAUUUUGCGUGUAAAAUGCAAUCCACCACGUCAACAAACGGCAACAAACAUAUGCGUACAUUUACAUGUAUGGCUAGAUCAGAUGCACGAGCAAAGACUAUUUGAUUGAUCUGACGACUUGACGACGGUUGGUUUACUGCAGGCUUACUUUUGCCCGUACCCCAAAACGAUCCAGAGAAUAUUGUCUAAGUCGUGGAAGAAAAUUUGAAAGCUCCAUCAAGAAAUGAUAACAUUAGCCAUCGACCCAAAUGAGUUCACAAGAGAGCACUAAUCCACCAGUUUCUACCCCUCCUCCUGUCCCCCAUCUGAGGCACAGAACAGGGAAAGGCAAGACCGAAGACACCAUGGUACCUAGAGUAGUGGCCAGCUCACCCUUAGAUGGCCAAUCGUUGCUUCCGCUUCGAGGGGUUCCAGCUGGGGACAGAGGAGAAACUCGUGUGGAGGAUGAUCCAGGAGGAGACGAAAGAGGAACUGGAAAUGAACACACAAAAUAUAUAACUCAGAAUGGCCUGACGAUGAAUGACAGUCGUAACGGUGUGGACCAUGAGCCAGAGGGUAUUGAAAUUGAGACUAGCCUUACAGAGCCUUUGCUUGGAACCACAAGAUCAAGUGAUGAUGAUGAUGAAGGUGAAGGGGAUGGUGGAUUGUCCACAUUCAUGCAGGAGAGAGAGCACAGAUCUUAUCCCAAGGAAUCCUCAUGCGGUAUCGGAGCUCAGGUGUUUCUGCCCUUCCUUAUCGCUGGUUUUGGAACAGUCUAUGCAGGCCUUGUCCUUGAUCAUGUUCAGCAUUGGACAGUGUUUGUUCAAGUAACAGAGUUGUUUAUCCUGGUUCCAUCAUUACUUGGUUUGAAAGGGAAUCUAGAAAUGACAUUAGCUUCAAGACUAUCAACUGCAGCUAAUCUGGGGAUUAUGGAUGACAGAAAGAAGCUUAAAGAAAUGAUCUUGGGAAACAUGGCAUUAACACAGUGUCAGGCCCUCAUAGUUGGAUUCUUAGCUUCUGCAGCAGCAACCCUGUUUGGUUGGAUUCCUGAUGGAGAGUUUGAUAUCAAUCAUACCUUACUCCUGUGUGCCAGUAGUAUGGUCACAGCUUCACUAGCUAGUGCAGGAUUGGGUGCCAUCAUGGUAGGAGUUAUUUUAUUAUCACGCAAGUGCAAAAUCAACCCAGACAAUGUCGCUACACCUAUAGCAGCAAGCCUUGGAGAUCUUAUAACACUGUCCCUUCUGGCUUGGAUCAGCAACCUCUUAUUCAAAAAUAUCGGGAAGCAACACUGGUUAGCGCCCACUAUCAUUGUAGUCUUCUUUCUGUUGGUACCGUUAUGGGCAUUCCUAGCUUGUCGUAAUGACUACACAAGAGAUGUGUUUUACAAUGGAUGGUCACCUGUCAUUACUGCCAUGCUGAUUAGCAGCAUUGGAGGACUUGUAUUGGACAUUGCAAUCCGUACCAACGAGGGUGUUGCUGUGUUCAGUCCUGUUAUCAAUGGAGUCGGAGGCAACAUAGUCGCUGUGCAGUCCAGCAGAAUAUCUACACACCUUCAUGGCAUUGGUAGUCUAGGCACUCCAGACCCAGAGAGGAUCAAGAAAUGCAACUCGCCUUUUACAGUUUUCUUUGGAAAAGACAUGCAUUCCCGGUCAGCUCGUGUGUUGAUCAUGAUGGUCAUCCCUGGUCAGCUUAUCUUCCUAUACUACAUCUCAUACAUGAAUGCCGGUCACUCCUCCAUUACUCUCAGAGUCACGAUCAUGUUUGUCACCGUAUCUCUCAUUCAGGUGGUAUUCCUGCUUCAGAUAGCAGAUUGGAUGGUGUACUAUCUGUGGGGAAAGAAACUUGAUCCUGAUAACUUCUCCAUCCCGUACCUGACUGCUCUAGGCGACCUCCUGGGUACAGCUCUCCUCGCUCUGGGCUUCCUCAUUGUAUGGUCGCUAGGUGAUAGAGACGUAGACAUUGGAGAUUAAUCAUAACUCCUCAGUGGGACCAGGGGGGUGUUUCACAAAGAUCCUAAGUCGAACUUAACUCUUAGUUGGACUUAAACAUUAUGG